AUGACGGUGCACCGAACAGUGAGAAAUGAUGGCCAGGAAUAUCUGGAUCGUCUGGAAAUAGGAAAGGACGUACCGAACGACAUUGAGGAUCACUUGGUGAACCUUUAUUUCACAUGGCAAGAUCCUGCCUCACACGUCGUGCAGCGGGAAAUGUACCAAAAGGCCAAGGUGCAGUGGUGUGAUCACAUGGUUGAUAACCCAUAUUAUUCAGAAGCUCUGCGUAACUCCAUAUGCGCCUUGGGGGCUGCGUUUGAAUCGCGUCACCACCCAACAUUCGUUACAUUUCCGAAGUCUUUAGCGGACUUCUUCGCUGAUAGGGCCAAAGCACUAUUAGAUAUUGAGCUUGACUGCCCUUCUGUUGCUACAGUUCAGGCCAUGGUCAUUCUAAGUGGCCAUGACAUUGGGUGCAAGCGGGAUGCUCGCGGAUGGCUCUACAGCGGGAUGGCCAUGAGGCUUGCGUUUGAUCUGGCACUGCAUGUUGACAUGACGCCCUAUGUUAGAAGGGGCUCAAUCAGUCAAGAGGAAGCAGACCUGCGCAAAACUGUAUUUUGGGGGGCAUACACCGUUGAUCAGUAA